GCUUUUUCAAGUGCAACGUUAAUAAAGAUGGUUUUGGGAAACAACUCGGAGAUGUAACGAUGAAUUUAGCCUUAACAUGCCUUUGGGAAACCAGGCCUAGCGCUGGACAUAGCUCCUUGCACGGACGACAGCAGCGACAUAGACUGCUCUUUUCUUUGCUCAAGUGAAUUGAAAUGGUUGUGUACAAUAUUGCAAGACUUUCUUCGAGCACAGUUCAGAGAGAACGUUCCCUAUACGUUCCCUAUAAAACGUCAUUUCCCCUAUCCGUAGCAAAUUAAGAUGGCUGCCGUUGUAGAAGGAGUAGAGCGAGGUUUUGAAGCCCUGGAUUGCGACUCGGUGUUACCGAGAUUGUCUACACCACCUCCGGAUCAACCACACCAGAACAACCCGCUAUUAGGACUUCCCAUUGUGGCGAUUGAGAUGGUUUUCAAUUUCCUGUCUUACGACGAAAUCAGCCUCAUACGCUUGGUAUGCAAGCGCAUGGACAUGAUCUGUCAGCGCAUGCUGAACCAAGGCUUCCUCAAGGUGGAGCGCUACCACAGCCUGUGCCAGAGGCAGGUCAAAGCCCAGCUGCCAAGGCGGGAGUCAGAGCGGAGGAACCACUCACUGGCCCGUCAUGCUGACAUCCUGGCUGCUGUAGAAACGCGCCUCUCCCUACUCAACAUGACCUUCAUGAAAUAUGUGGACUCAAAUCUCUGCUGCUUCAUCCCUGGCAAGGUGAUUGAUGAGAUCUACCGUGUGCUGCGCUAUGUGAACUCUACACGCGCUCCCCAGCGAGCUCACGAGGUGCUGCAGGAGCUGCGGGACAUCUCUUCCAUGGCCAUGGAGUACUUUGAUGAAAAGAUUGUCCCCAUCCUGAAGAAGAGGCUUCCUGGGGCCGACCUGUCAGGGCGCCUCAUCGGAUCUGCCCCAGUGGCCGGCCCCUCUACCUCCCUGACCACCAUGUCCCUGCUGGCCAAGAACACGCCGUCACGCUCUGAGAUGACCAAGGUGCAACAGCAGGUGAAGGUGAAUGGGGUGUCCAUGACUGCGCUGCGGCGGGAGAUGCAAGAGGUGCGUGUCAAGCAGCUGGAGCAGCAGAAGCAGCUGCAGGACCAGGAGCAGAAGCUGCUGGAGCAGACUCAGGUUAUCGGUGAGCAGAAUGCCCGGCUGGCUGAGCUGGAGCACAAGCUCAGGGAACUGAUGGACAGUACGGUGGGGGGAGGGGGCAGGCCAGCCGUAGCCUCCACCUCCUCGGCUUCUUCCUCAACAGGCUCAGCUGCCGUCGCCACGUCUUCUGCUGCUGUCACUACGGCAGCCAGUGCCAUGGCCGCAGUGGUGGAGACGGAGGGCAGCCCAUCCCUGAAACGCACCAGGAAGAGCUCAGACCUCCUGCGUCAGUCCAAACGUCUGCGUAGCAAGAAAUAGGACGCUCAAUGUGAUUUGGGGUUCAGUCUGAUUGGACCUCCCAUGUCCUGUGACAUGAUUUUAAUUCUUAUUGUUUGGAAUGUCUUUAAGAAAGCGGGGUCAUGGUAAAGAAGUCUAGAGUCACUGUGUCCCUGGUGUUGUAUCCCCCUUGUCCAUUGCCCUCUCAAAUUCACACAAACUACACCAUGGACAUGUUUUAUGCUGAUUAGACCAGCAUAUUUGGGCAAGAGUGCUUGUAGUCUCCACAGUUUAACCACCGACUCUAAAGCCACUAAGAAUUUGCACAUUAGUUAAAGGGUGAGGGUUAGGUUAAAGUCUAAAACACUCAAUCGUUGUGUUCACUCUUGCUUGUCCAGCAACAAAAGUCAAUCCACAUUAGGGUUUUGGCUCCUAGUCAGGAGAAGUCUUUGCUGUGAAGAUGAGAAGUAAUGAGAGUUUUCUAAUGUGCAUUGAAUAACCACUGUAGAGGUUGACUUUGGGUGGGAAAAAUGCAUUGAAAAUAUUGUCUAGACGAGAUCACUUCGUGGGGGUGUUCUGCCUCUGAACCAAUUUUGUUGACUCAAAUAACAUUUUUUAGUUUAAGAUUCUAAUUGUUUUGUUCUGUCUUUGCCAGGUUGGAUUGCUUCAAAAUAUCUUUGCUCAAUGUUGACCUUUUACUGUCCCCUGAUAGGAAUACCAUAUUAUUUCUUUAUUUUCUGAGACCGGCUAAAUUAGUAGAUUGUGAGAUUUUGGCAGUUACCAUUUUUUGUGUGUGCAGUUUUAAAGUAGUUUACAAGCUAGCUGUUCUGUUAGACUUCGUCAUUACGCUAACGCUACUUUGCAAUGGCUCGAGAAACUAUCUUUAACUUCAAACUGCACGCAGGGACAAAUCUUACACCAUCCCUUUAAAAAAGGAUUUGAUUCCUGCCUUGGGGAGAUAUUACAUUACUUGCCCUUCCCAUCGAACAUUUGGUGCAAUAAUGUUUUUUUUGUUUUUAAUUUUAAGGAAGUUAUUCUCUAUUUUUAAUACUUAAGUUAACCCUCCCCAAAAAAUAUCAUUUUGCCCAGAGCAAAUAGUUUAUUUUAGUCUGGUUUUGGAGAGGUUUUUUUGAGGGGUUCCUGUUGUAAGUGUUCAGUUAGUGAAAGGAAAACGCCGUUGAUUUGAAAUGCAUUCCUGUGUUCCACAUGAACAUGCUGUCUUCAGCACGCCCUGUUGAGUUGAAGACAGGCAGGCUAAUGUGUAGAUUGAUCAUGCAGCCGAGGUAGCGUCUCUAAAGCCAUGGUGCCUGGGAAAUGGAGGAAAGGGACACUUUUUUUUUUUUUUUUUUACAUUAGGCAAUGGAAGGACUGCUAUAGGAGCCCACAAGACUUAUACGUUUCAGAGAUCAUUUUUCCUUCAGUGCUACAGUAAUUUUGCUCCACCAUUGACUAUGUUUUUUGAGAUUACAUUCAUCGAUCAAAUGGCUGAAAUUAUGCUAGCUCAAAUGCUAACCCCAUGUUUAUACUAGUCUGUGUAAAAGGGGAAUUGUAUGCAGUCAAGUAUCGGCUCUCUUUGGGGAAGAUGAAUCAAAGCUUUAUGUAAGGAGUUGAAAUUGCCACCUGAAUCAAUUGACCAGACUGGUGGUUCUGUCUUAGUGGUCAAAGGUAAAUUUGGCACAAAAUGUCUCCACUCCAGUGUGUCAUUUGCAGUUGUCAUCUAGGUCAGCGUCUGUAUAUUAAACUUAUUGUUAUGCCAUCUUUGUACACCAAAAACGUUGAGUCCUAUGUAACACCAAGAUGAAUCUGUUUAAGAAGCAUUCAGAUUUGCCAAAAAACUACAGUUGAGGUUUACCAAUGAUGUUUUAAGCCCUACUAAAGAAAUUGUGAAAGGAGUUCAACUAAAAGUGACAAGGAUUUUAAGUCUUAGUUUUCUCCUUAAUUGCUACAAAAAGUACAUUUCUCUUGCACAACAUCACCCAUCCCAUGUUAAGAUAUUUUUGCACUCACGGUUCUCUUUUGCCUCGUGAGGUUUGGGGACACUCUUUUCAUACCACUUUGAUACAGCUACGACCGGUAUUGUAAUUCGCAGCCGAUUAGGACAUUUUUGCUAACACCAAACCCCCCUACCCUUAACCUCAGUGACCUAACAUUCUACCUUAAUUAUCCUAACCUGCGUAAGUUCUCUUAACCUGCUACGAAAAAGUAACUUCUGGUCGUAGCUGUAUCGAAGUGGAGUGAAAAGGUUUUCAUUUUUUGUGAGGCUAGCUUGUGAGCCCAUAUUGCGGCUGGAAAUUAGUUAGUGACCACUACUUGUGGCAUGAAACUUUUGAGGCAUACUGGGUAAUGCAGUUCACAACUGAGUGGACUCAAGUGUGUAUUAUAAAUGCACUGGGCAGGAAACACUUAUCUAGUGGCUUAAUUUGAGACUGCGUCUCAGUUUAGAAAUGAGUGUACUGUAAAAUUCAUGUACUUCAAAAGUGUAGAUUGCAUUAUUGUAUGUAUUAAGACAAAUCUUGUAAAUUGGCCUAUUUGGGGUUAACUGUAUGGGUUGUUACACACAUUACCGUUACAAAUGAAGCAUUAAAAGAAGUUAACAUAUCCAGAUAA